ACCGUCUCAAUAUAUUUUUUUUUCUUUCUCUUCCUCUGUCGAAAAAAACCCUAGUUUCUCUCUCCUCUCACCGAUUUUUCCUUCCGAUGCUCCUGGUCGCAUAGCCAUUCGCAGAUCUGGUUAUUCAGGUUACAUGUGACAUAAUAACCUUGAAUUUUUUGAUGGAUGAUGGCUUCACAGAUGGAUAAAAAUACUGCUAGCUCGCCAAGAGAGCGAGCCCAGUCCAUAUUCGACAAGACUGUUGAGUUAGAAAUCAAGCGUCGGAAGGCUGCUCAGGCUCGAAAUCCGUCUGACCCAAAUCUGUGGCAGCAAAUUCGUGAGAAUUAUGAAGCAAUAAUUCUUGAAGAUCAUGCCUUUUCUGAGAAGCACGGCAUUGAAGUUACUCUGUGGCAGUUGCAUUACAAACGGAUUGAAGACUUUAGAUCGCACAUCAAUGCUGUUUUGGCUUCUAAUAGCUCAAGUGUGGCGCAGAAUGCAAAAGGUCCCUCUAGACCCGAGAAAGGACCCGAACGAGUUGCAAAACUCAAGCUCCAGUUCAGAACAUUCCUUUCCGAAGCAACUGGGUUUUACCAUGAUCUGAUCUUAAAAAUUAGAUCAAAGUAUGGUCUUCCCUUGGGUUAUUUUUCGGAGGAUCAAGAGAGUCAAAAUUUGGCUGAUAAGGAUGGAAAGAAGUUAGCAGAAGUUAAAAAAGGCUUGGUAUCUUGUCACCGUUGUUUAAUAUACCUUGGUGAUUUGGCUCGGUAUAAAGGAUUGUAUGGAGAAGGAGAUUCCAAGAACCGUGAGUAUGCUGCUGCUUCAAGUUACUAUUUGCAAGCAGCUUCUCUAUUGCCAGCCAGUGGAAACCCUCAUCAUCAGCUUGCUAUAAUUGCUUCUUAUUCCGGAGAUGAGUUUGCAGCAACAUAUCGCUAUUUCCGGAGUUUGGCUGUGGAGAGUCCUUUUCCAACUGCCCGUGACAACUUGAUUGUUGCUUUUGAAAAGAAUCGUCAGAUUUAUGCCCAAUUGUUUGCGGCUUCCAAAGACUCAUCUAGGAGGGUGACUGGUAAAGGAAGAGGUAAAGGCGGAGAUGUUUCAUCGAAAGAAGCGAACUUGGUAGCUGGUCCUGAGAAGGAUAAAGUAACUAGUGCAAAUGAGAUUCUCAAAGCAUUCUGCAUUAGAUUUGUUCGUCUCAACGGGAUUCUUUUCACCCGAACAAGCCUGGAGACAUUCUUUGAUGUUCUUGCCUCGACUAGCAGCAGUUUACGAGAGCUGAUUUCUUCGAGCUUAAUGGAAGAGCCGAGUUUUGGUAUAGACACCAGUGACAGCGCACUUUUCAUUGUUAGACUUGUGACAAUUCUUAUAUUUAGCGUCCAUAACUCAAAGAAAGAGACAGAAGGUCAGUCAUAUGCAGAAAUUGUACAGCGUGUGGAGCCUGCCAGAAACUCCGUAACAGCAAGUUUUGAAUUACUUGGACACGUUAUAGAGCAGUGUGCGCAACUGGGUGAUCCUUCGUCGAGUUACUUCUUGCCUGGUGUGUUAGUUUUUGUUGAAUGGUUGGCCUGUUGUCCUGAUAUUGCACUCGGGAGUGAUCCGGAUGAUAGACAGACUGCUGUAAGAAAUAGUUUUUGGAACCAGUGUGUUACUUUCUUCAAUAAGAUCUUGUCGCUUGGGCCGUUGUUUAUUGAUGAUGUCGAAGAUGAGACUUGCUUCUCAAACAUGAGCUUGUAUGAUGAAAGAGAAACUGAAAACCGGCUUGCACUGUGGGAAGACUAUGAAAUAAGAGGAUUCUUGCCACUGCUUCCAGCUCAGACUAUUCUCGACUUCUCAAGAAAACAUUCCUUUCGAACCGAAGGUCCCAAGGAAAAGAAAGCUCGUAUAAAGAGGAUCCUAGCAGCAGGGAAAGCUUUGACCAGUGUGAUCAAAAUUGAUCAGAAUCAUGUGCAUUUUGAUUCAAAGAAGAAGAAGUUCAUUGUUGGUGUAAAACCGUCAGAUGACUUGCUGGAUUCUCAUUCAAGCCCACCAGAAGUUGAUUAUGCUUUACAAGAUGACCAAGCAAUGAUCAAUCAUAAUUUGCCUGUGAUGCAACGAGAUCAACAAAUUUAUUUGGGUGAGGAGGAUGAUGAUGAUGAAGUAAUUGUUUUCAAGCCUCUAGUUGCUGAGAAGAGCAAAGGGGCUUCUGAACAAACAUAUGUUCCUAAUGGAGGCUUCAGGAAUCCUGAUCAAGUUGCUACUAUCGGGGACUUGCAGGCUUUGAGUGGUUCAGAUGCAGCUUUUCAUGAAAAUCUCUAUCUACAAGCAAGAGGCAACGCAAGUGUUCAAGUUCCUGCAUGUGUUGGUUCUAACCUUCUGGGACUUCUUCAGCCGUCAACCCAGUCUCAGGCUAUGCAUUUGCAACAGCUUCAGACACCAGCAGGGCACCCUCAGCCAGCCCAAUCAAUAGCUUCUGCACGACUUCAGCCAAUGCAAUCACAGGUCGCACAACUUCAACCACUGCAAUCACGGGUUGUGCACUUUCAACAAACUCAAGCACAGGCUUCACAUGUUUCACCGGGCCAAUUACAAUCUGCUUCCCUUGGAGGUAGCCUAUCUGGUUUUGCUCAGAUGGCUAAUGGUCUUGUCAUGAGGAAUGAGACGCAUGGAAAUCAUGGAGUUUCCUAUUUCCCUGCACACUCAUUGCCAACCCACCAGUCUUUCAAUGUCAAUGGUAUGGGUGGCAUGCCAUAUUCUCAGUCACGAACACCUGAAGCUGUUUUGCCACCCCAAAUUGAUGCUGUUUCGUCUUCUGGAGUUAUUGCUGAUGGCCUGGGCGUCCAAUCUUCAUUAGCACGAAAAAAUCCAAUCAGUAGACCCUCUAGGCAUCUUGGCCCUCCGCCUGGGUUUAACUCCGUCCCCUCUAAGCUGCUGAAGGAGCCAGCACCUGUUUCGGAUCUGCCUGGCAACAACCUACUGGUUGAUGAUUACAGCUGGUUGGAUGGAUAUCAAGCUCGAUCGUCUCGAGGCACUGGACUCAACAAUUCUUUGAAUUACGCUUCUUCUAGGAAACCAGAACACAUGGGUACCAGUACCAGCAAUGGACUGAACGGGCCUGCCAACUUUCCGUUCCCUGGAAAACAAGUUCCAACAUCACAGGUCAGACCAGAAUUUCCGUAUUUUCAGAAUCCUCAGAAAGAUAACUUUGUGAACGAAAACCAUCAAGCUGGUCAACUCCCCGAGCAAUACCAAGGACAGUCCAGUUGGCCGAGUCGCCACUUUGUGUGAGAUGGGAAUGGAAGAGUAACACGGUAAUUGGGAAUGAUUCAGGUGAGUGUUACGAAAUGUUUUCUGCUACCUAACUCCGAUCGAGCCUUGUUCUGUUGAAGUCUCUAGUUGGAGUCUUUGUGGCCUUGGCAUCUUGUGGGGCACUUCCUACCUGACAGGACACAGCUCAUGUUGGUGAAAGAGAUAUAUGGUGAAGAAUGAAUGGUUACUGCGGAAUUGAUAGGAGUAAAAAAGUGCCUUUCUAUUGCUACUUGAGGAGGAGAUGUUAGACCGUAUGAAUGAAUGAAUUAAGAAAGGAAACGUACCUUGUGGCUCGCUCUCGAUAUCUGAAGCAGUUGGUGGCUGUUUUGCCCUCUUUUUUUAUCUUUUUUGCGAAUAAUGUCUAGCUGUGUACUCGUGCAGCUAUACUUUAUCUAUUGGGUUGCUUUGGUUUCCUCUCAUUUGGUCUACGUUUGUCUUGAACCUCUGGGAAUUGAAUAAAAAGAACUCGUGUUUCAAAACA